GUAGCUGGUUAUGUGAUCAUGCUAAAAUUAUUUCUUUCCAGUAUAUGUACAAAAUUGCGUCUGUUGUUUUGAAACUGAAUAAAAUGAGCACAAUUGUGGCAGCAGGUGUUGGCCUGGCGGCUGUUGGGUUUGCCGGUCGUUAUUUGCUUAGGAGAAUGCCGAAUUUAUCACAGAGGAUGGCAGAAACCAUGAAAAAGCUAGAUUCCCAGUCACUAGCGAAUAGCAAAUAUUACAAAGGUGGUUUUGAGCAGAGGAUGACCAGGCGGGAAGCCAGUUUGAUCUUGGGUGUGUCACCUACAGCUAAUAAAAGCAAAGUAAAGGAACAAUUUAAAAAAGUAAUGGCUGUGAAUCAUCCAGAUCGUGGUGGUUCUCCAUAUAUCGCCGCAAAAAUUAACGAGGCAAAGGAUUUACUUGAGAAAUAAUGAAAAUAUAGCAUAAUGUAAUAUAUAUAUAUAUAU